UAAAAUUUUCUAGUCAUUUCUAUUGGUAUCAUACAUUUAUAGAAAUGUUUAAAUCAUCUAACAAACAAGUAACAUCAAAAUUUCAAAGUGUGGUGAUGCAGCGGAUAGUUCCGGUGAAGCCAAGUAGUAUAGGGUAUUCCAAAAAGCACACGCCCUGUGUUGCACUGAUUUCAGACGAUAAACCAAAGAAUGUGGCCAAGACUACUUCAGCUCCUGGUAAUCUAUCAGCUAAUAAAGUUUCCGAGACAACACCGGAAAAUUCUUCAUCAAAGCAGAAGACCCAUUCACAACAAAAUAUAAAAAUAGCUAUGGUUAAGCCAAAAACCGUGGGAAAAACCGUUCAGAAUCCAAACUCCAAGACAAUGGUGGCUCCCACUUCAAGACCACCAUCCUCGCGAAGCACUGGGAGUACUGUUUCCAGUAAGGCCCAACAGUUCUAUAUUCCCCUAAGGACUUCGAAUGGUGUGACCAGCCGGAUCUACCGUCCCUCCAAGCAUAGAGUCUUCGAUUACCAUCUGUCCCCGUUGGAGAAGACAGUAUUCGCACAAAGUAUUGCUUAUCCCAUGAAAUCCGUGCCAGCGGUGGAGCUUCAGCUGCUGCGGAAUGGACAACGGAGCACCUACCUAGAGAGGCGAUAUGAACGCAGUCCGGACGACAAGUACAACUAUCCCGAGGCAACCAGCUGGCGGUACGGAUGGUUCCACCGGGAAUCCGAUCCCUUCCAGAAACGAAUACCCCGACGAGAUUAGACAAACCAUUCGUACAACUUUGAUUCGCGGAAGCUAUAGUUAAUAAAAUACUUUAAAUUUAAAGUAA